AUGGCUCCAACGUUACAACAGUGCCCCGUCUGCUUUAACCACUAUAGAAGCACUCCAGACGGGAAGUUAUGUCGGCACGGAGGUAAACUCUCUGAGCUUAAAUUCACCCUGGGUCGUGUUUCCUAUCUUUCGGCCCAUGAUGCCUUGACUAUUAUCCGCAAUGCUCUCAGUUUGCCCAAAUUGAUGUACUUCCUGCGUACAUCUAAACACAUUGACCCUUCAAAAUUGGGCGAAUUUGACGGAGCCCUGCGCACCGCCCUGUCGUCGAUUUGCAAUGUUCAAGAACCAUCCGGCAUUUCUGCGCAUGAUGGUAGGCGCCCGGACGGAUGCACACUAAUACCUUGGAGAGCCGGCAGAUGUUUGGCGUGGGAUGUUACGGUCCCUGGCACUCUCGCCGAACGAUACGUAAACCUGACAAGUAAAGAAUGCGGUUUGGCCGCGGCCAGGACAGCGGACGAGAAAAUGAAAAAAUAUGGGAACGCCUUCCCCUCGAUGGAAUUCUUGCCAAUAUGCAUCGAGGUUCUUGGCCCGAUGGACCCCAACACCCUUAAAUUUCUUAAGGAAAUAUGCGAAAUGAUCAGCGUCAGAUCAGGCGACAGCAGGGAAUUGUUUUUCGCAACUAACUACAUUUCGUGCUUGUUGCAGCGGUUUCUGCGUGUCUGUGUGCUUGAAAAUAUCCAACUGAAUGCCGACAUGUGCAAUUAA